GUACGUCCCGAAAGAAACACGGCGUCGUCAUUAAUCGGCCAAGCAAAGGACUCUAUCACACUUGAAAAGUGAACAGAUCCCAAGAAUAUUAUAUACAAAUGGUCCGCUAUUUCACUUUGCUGUUGUGGUUCGUUGCCAGGAACUGAAAAAUGGAAGCUUGAACAAAACCAGUGCCCUCUGGUCAAUCUGGACAGAUUCCAAAUCCAAUCCAACGAAAAGCAGAUAGAAAAAAAAUCUGUGGACUGCUGCAGACUUGUGAUUGGUGUAACAGUGCCACGUGACCGAAGGUGUCAAUGCUAUUCGAUAAGGGUGUCAAGACCCUAUCAUUUCGAAAUAGCGAUAUGCAAAAAGCGACUUACUACGAUAACUCCGGAAUAUUCGGCGGUUACUCCUACCAAAAGACCAACGCAUACAGCUACAGUUCUAGCCACCAGGCCUACCCGCCAUCAUCUGUUGAAAAUGAUUAUCAAAGCUCGACGUGCCCCAUUCAGACAUCUGGUGUCAGAGCCCCAAACCAUAAGCCUACCGAUAUAAAUGGCAACUGUAUGAGAACAAGUGGCAGCCAGGGCACUGCCCAGCCCCCAACCAUCAAUGAGCCACAGCAGCCACCCCCUUUGCCACCCUCACCCAAUGCAAGCAACACCUCAACACAGAAAAGAACCAAGUCUAUUUCAAAUUCUUCCGCCAGCCCAGCUGCUACUCUCACCAAGCAAAUCUUUCCAUGGAUGAAAGAGUCUCGUCAAAAUGCCAAGCAGAAAAACAACUGCACAGUUGCAGGUGACAAUUGUGAGGAUAAAAGUCCACCAGGUCCAUCCUCCAAGAGAGUCCGUACAGCCUACACCAGCGCACAGCUGGUCGAACUGGAAAAGGAAUUUCAUUUUAAUCGUUAUCUGUGCCGUCCUCGGCGAGUUGAAAUGGCAAAUUUAUUAAACCUAACCGAACGCCAGAUAAAGAUCUGGUUCCAGAACAGAAGAAUGAAAUAUAAGAAGGAUCAAAAGUCCAAAGGGAUAAUGCACUCCCCUGUUGGACAGUCUCCAGACAGAAGUCCGCUUUUGAACGCGCCAAAUAAUAUUGGAUUCUCAAGCCAGCUCCCCACUGUCAACAGUCUGAGUUACGAAGCUCCUUCGCCAACAUCCUUCACAAAAUCCCAGCAAAAUAUGUACGGCUUGGCUGCUUACACUGCACCCCAUAAUAGCUGUCUACCCCAGCAGAAAAGGUACCCGGGCACAGAGUACGACCAUCACACUAUGCAGGGCAAUGGUAGUUUUGCCAAUCAUAACUUGCAGGGCAGCCCUGUGUAUGUUGGAGGGAACUUUGUUGAUUCAAUGCCAGCUUCUGGUCCGAUGUUUAACCUUAGCCAUCUUCCUCAUCCUUCAUCAGCCACUGUGGACUAUAGCUGCGCGGCUCAAAUACCAGGCAAUCACCACCAUGGACCUUGUGAUCCCCAUCCCACAUAUACAGACCUGACUCCUCAUCACACAACUCAGGGAAGAAUCCAAGAAGCGCCAAAACUAACACAUCUGUAACGGACUAGCACGGUUUGCCAAGCGAUGUCACUUCGCUUUUUUAUUACCUCAUUUGUAUCAAAUAUUCUCCUGCUAUGAGACCGUCACAGUAUUUGUCCACCAUUCAUUCUCUACCUGUUACAUUGCUUUUCUGUGUUUAUUUAAGGGUCUACACGUCAGGCAUUCCUUUCCGUAAGAUCCUAGCGUAAUGCAGAAUGCAAAUAAAGGAAUAAUUGCUUGAAAUAGGUGCUUUUGAAGGUAAGACAUAUGGAGUCAGUCUUCAGCAAACCCUUUUUAAUGUAGAAUUUAAAGACUAGUAAUUCUACACACUCCACUUUGGUGGGAUUCUGUCCGUAACUGGUCUUAACUGUCCAGAACUUCAGCUCUGUACUUUUCAGUAAUGAACGAACUGAAUUGAACAUCAAUGAUAUGUAUUUAUUAUUUUAAGUCGAAAAGAAAAUAGAUUUUUCUAUCACUUAUUUAUCCUCGUCUUAAUGUAUUUAUGUGAGAUUUAUAGAUCUUAUACAAUCUGACUUUAACCUGUUUGAUCCAUGUCUGUUACAAUCAUAUUUUUCCUCUUUAGUAAACCUGGGUUUAAACUAGAGAGGAUAGUUUUUUGAGCAGUUGUAUCAGUGGCUGGUGUUUGUAGAUUAUGUAAGGGUUAUCUCUGAAAGCAAAUUGUAAGUUAUGACUGUAGUAAAUCAGAGAAAAUGUGGCACUACACAAUAGACGACACAUUUCUAUAAGAAUUCUUUAUUUCAAUUGUCUGGUACUAUUCCAACAGAUAUUUAGAAUAAAAAUGUGUUCUUUGAACAAA